AGUAGCAGCUUUUCGUUGAUAAAACCGACUUUUCCGGAGAUGCAGCGGUUUCACCCACAAUUGCACUCGUUCUCGUUGUUUGAAUACUGUAGUUUGUCUUCUUGUUGAAUAUGGCGCACUCGGCGCAGCUCCAGACGCGUGAAGACGAGGACAAGGGCCAGAUCCUGCUCGAUCUGCUGCAGAACUCGUUUGCUUCAGCGCAAAUCACAGGCAAGGCCGUCUGGGUAGGCCUUCUCAUCUCCCUCGGCUCCUCCGCCGCCUUCUUCGCCCUCUUCUGCCUCCUCCGCACCCGCAACACGAUCCUCUACGCCCCCAAAACCCGCAUAUCCGGUCUCAGCAAACACGACUCUUUCUCCACCGUCUCCUCCUACCCAAGACUGCGUCCAGGCUACUUCAAAUGGAUGCUGCAGAUCUACAAGCUCAAGGAGUCAGACUUGCUCUUCAUCCUCGGCCUCGACUUUGUCGUCUACCUCAAAUUCCUCAAAAUGAACUGCCACACCUUCCUCUGUCUUGCCAUCUUGGGUGUUACCGUUGCUAUCCCCGUCAACUUUGCCCUCUCAAUCAACUCCCCGAGCGCAAAAGCCGCCUCCGCAUCCGACGCCUUCAUCCUCAUGACUCCCACCCUACUCAAGGGCCCGAGCAUGGCAUGCCACGUUGCGCUCGCCUAUGUCUUUGACGCCAUAGUCUGCUUCUUUCUGUGGAAAAACUACAAGGAGAUCCUCCAGCUGCGCAAAAUAUACUUCACCUCGUUCGACUACCAAUCCAGCAUCCACGCGCGCACUUUGCUCAUCACCGAACUCUCCAAACCUUAUCGCUCAAACGAAGGCAUCAUCAAGAUCUUGAAAGAUGCAGCCGCGAGAUCCACAAUCGCUUCCUCGUCAUCGAUCGCCAUCGACCAGAUCUUUGUCGGUCGCAGCGUGAGAGGUCUCGGCAAGCUUGUCCGCAUGCGCGAGAAAACCGUCUACCGACUAGAAAAAGUAUUCGCAAAGUAUCUCAAAGAUCUCGACAACCUUCCCGCCACGCGUCCGAUGAUGAAACUCGACCGCGGCGACAAAUUCGCCGACGGUUCCAGAGGCGGAAAAGUCGACGCAAUCGACUACCUCGUCACAAAGAUCCGCGACUACGACUACAAGAUCGCUGCCGCGCGCAAAUCUGUCGACUCCCGCCGCGAAAUGCCGUACGGUUUUGCGUCCUACCACUCCGCGACCGAAACACACCUUAUCGCAAAGGCCAACUCUGGCCGCCGCGUACUAGGCGCGGGACGCAUCAGACUCGCACCGAGGAGCAAGGAUAUCUUGUGGGAGAACAUCGAGCUAACAUCUCGUGAGCGCCUCAACAAAAAGUACUGGGGAAACGCCAUCUUCAUCAUCUUUUGUAUCGGCUGGAUCGUGCCCAACGCCUUCAUCGGAACUUUUCUCUCCCAGAUCUCUCGUAUCGGCGUGCUCUCAGACUCGUUCCAGCGCUUUGCAAACACGCAUGCCGGCUUCAUCUCUUUCAUCCAGGGUUUUGUUGCACCAGCUGUGACCUCAGCUAUCUUCCUUAUCUUCCCGAUCGUCAUGCGACGUAUCUCUGCCUUCCAAGGCGCUCACACAAAGUCCAUGCGCGAACGCAACGCACUCCGAAAGCUCUACAUUUUCUUUGUGUUCAACAACUUGAUCGUCUUCACGAUGUUUGGCGUGGCCUGGUCUGCGAUCUCACAGAUCAUCCAGCUAUCGAAUUCCAGAGACGAUAUGUCGGCCAAGGAAAUCUUUGACUCGCUAGACCUCGCCGAGCAGAUCUCGAGCUCAAUCAUCGGCGUGUCUUCCUUCUGGGUCAUGUACGUUGUGCGCUCAAACCUCGGUGCACUCCUCGACCUGAUCCAAGUCUGGUCUCUACUCGUGCACUCCUUCGCCCGCCGCUUCCUAGCCCCUACACCCCGCGCCCAAAUCCGCUGGACUGCGCCUCCCGAGUUCGACUUUGCCUCCCACUACAACUGGCUGCUCUUCUAUGCCACCAUCGCACUCACAUUCACCUCAAUCCAGCCCAUCAUCCUCGUCGUCACCUGCUUCUACUUCACAAUCGAUACCUUCCUCAAGAAAUACUCUCUCAUUUACGUCUACAUGCCCAAAGUCGAAAGCGACGGCGCGUUCUGGAAAGACCUCUUCAACCGCAUUCUCUUCUCCCUCGCGCUCGGCAACGCAGUCAUGUUCAUCGUCACCUGGGUCCAAGGCACCUGGCGCGUCGCAGUCGCAAUGCUUCCUCUCUUCCCCGCCAUCCUUGCCUUCAAAAUAUACUCCUACUACGCCUUUUCUCAACAAAUGAAAUACAACCUCGACUCCCAGAGUCUCGAGUCCAUCACCCCUCCCGCACAAUCUUCAUCAGCACACACAGACCCCCGAAACGAAUUCGGCAACCCGGCGCUCUACCGCACGCUCAUCGUCCCCAUCGUCAAAAAGGGCGCCGAAAACAUCCUCGAGCAGAUCCUGGGCUCGAUCUACCUCGACUCAAACUCGCACGGUCCUUCUGCUUCUGGAGCUCUCGACGGCGCUUUUGAGAUUGUGGACGAGCGGGAACUGGACUUUAUCAGGUUCCUUGACGAUCCUAAUCUUCGCGACUCGGAGGAUCCUGCUCCUCGUCCUGCCACAAGCCUCUCAAACACCUCCAGGCAAACACAGUCCUUGCGGUCUCUGUCCUCGACCGGCAUGAAGAACAUUUACCGCACCCACAGCGACGACGACACAAUCUCCACUUCUACUGCCGCCGUACCGCCCAGGUCUGCUUCCAUGGGUGACUUCGCCGCCGACUUGGCCGAUGAGGAUAUCGUGGCAUACGCCAAUCCCUAUGACGAUGGCGUGUACAGCGAGGACAACGUGCUGGGUAUUUCAUUUGCCACAGAGACAAACCCUGCACCAGAUAACGAGGAGGACGAGCAGAAUUUGCUGUAACUCAUACUUUAGACUCCCCGCUUUAAUAUCUCAUACUUGUUAGAACUAUUGUAAUUAU